GGCAGCAGUUGCUCAUAGCGCAGUGGUGUAGUUCAGUUCGCUCAGCAAGGAUCAAAUACAACCUUGUAACUGCUUCAGCUACGGAAGGGCUCACUGCCGUAUGGAUCUGUUUGGAAUUAAGUUUGCGCCGUUCAACACACCACUGGACCGGAGGCUGCAGACGCUCGCAGCAUGUGCCUGGUUCGUGACCCUGGGAUUUGGCCCCACACUGUGCAUCUUGUUCAUGGCGUACGUUGUUCUGUUGACUCGCUACAGCUUCAUGGCCAUUCUGUACAUCAUGUGGAUCUGGUAUGAUCGAGACAUCAGCAAUAAAGGCGGCAGACGGUCUGACUGGGCUCGACGGUGGAUCUGGUGGGAGUACUUUCGGGACUAUUUCCCGCUGCGCCUUGAAAAGACGGUCGACUUGGACCCCACCAAUACGUACAUGUUAUGCGUCUUCCCGCACGGCGUCCUUAGCACUGGGGCAUUUACAAGUUUCGCUACGGAAGCAAACAAAUUCAGCAAACUGUUUCCCGGUCUCCGUCCCUACCUCGUCACUCUCUCUGGACAUUUCAUCAUCCCAUUUAUCCGAGAACUGUCACUGGCGCUGGGUGGCUGUCCCUCGUCUGUGGAAGGUAUGAGCUAUGUGUUGAGUCGACCAGGAAAUGCAGUAGCGCUUGUUGUGGGCGGAGCCUCUGAGUCUCUCGAGUGUCGUCCUGGCACCUAUAGAAUCAUUCUGAAGCGAAGAAAAGGUUUCGUGAAGUUGGCUCUAAUGCACGGGACUCCACUGGUGCCUGUUUUCUCCUUCGGAGAGACAGACCUCUAUGACCAGGUGCACAACCCAGAAGGUUCCUGGUUGCGAUGGGCGCAGGAGUUUUGCCGAAGGAUAACUGGGAUUGCUCCUGUUGUUCCCCUCGGUAGAGGUCUCUUCCAGUACUCAUUCGGAAUUGUGCCUCGUCGUUGCCCAGUCACCACAGUCGUUGGAACACCAAUAGCAGUUGAGAAAGUUCCUGAACCAACAGAACAACAGAUAAGUGAACUACACCAAAAGUUCACAGAAGAACUGAAGGCUCUGUUUGAGACAAAGAAACACAUGUAUCUGACAAACCCUGAAACAACACAUCUCAUGAUCGACUAAGUGUCCUGUGCUGUGGAAUUUGUAGGCAGAUUACAUUUUGAAAGAUUAUCUUCAUAUCGUUAACGAGAUUGUUCCUCGUCUGUACUAUUUACAGCAUAUAACUUGGGACCAAUAUGUACCUUAUAUUUCAUUAUUUGUUGAGGUUAAAAUUUGGCUGGAAUGAACUGAAAGAAUGGUGCUUACGAAUUUGUUCACGUCGUAGCAAGCUAAGACCUGAACAAUUCUGGUCCUUAUGUGGUACAGUAGAUAAAAGAACUGAAUUCUCGAACCUAUGAUUCUUAGUGUUGUUAACUCAUUCUAGUGUUAUGAAGGGAGAUGUUGCUAACUUGCAUGGCUAAGCACUAUUUUGCUGCCACGGGAUUGCGUCUUUUCGUGGAAAUAAAAUGAUCGCGUGAAAUAAGGAGAGAAGUAAACUCUUCCAUGCCGUUACACCACCGUUGCUUACCGAAUUCAAAUUGUAUAUAAUUAUCAGAACAUUUUGUGUUAUAUUUUUGUAAGUGUUUGGAGGGGUAACGUUUGCUAUUGUCCCAAUUUAUUAUAUGAAGUGCAAAAAUUCUUUCUCAUAACGGAAGUUAUAAAUGCAGCAGCAAAUUUACAUACCGAAUAUUUAUGCAACUUCCAAUAUAUGUAUUGAAAGGCUAACACAUGUUUCAUAUGUGGAAUUACUGUGUUUUUGGACAUUGUUCAUUGUCACAUAUUGUAAAGAGCACAACUUUUGUGAAACUGGAUCAGUUUCCUUCCUCAAGUGAAAGAGUGGGGGGCACCUAUCCUGUUGGUCUGUUAGAAAGAGGUAAUCUCCCUCAGUGAACCUGAGAGCGGAUUAACUCUUCCUAAUGGGCCCAAGAGUGUAGGUACCUGCUGCCCUUUCACUUGAGGAUGGAAACAGAUACAGUUUCAGAAACGUUUUCUUCAGAAUACCAGACACUAGACAAAGUCCAGAAAUGCACAGCUACCCUGAUUGUCAUAAAUCAUCUUAAGACUUCAUUAGCACUGACGUGAUAUUUUUAGGUUCAGAAGUUUCUGUAAUUGGACGUAUAAAGUAACGUAACAUAAUAUUUCACAAUUUAAAUGUCAGAACUCUCUUAAUAAUAAUACUGGUGAUGAUAACAUUUGUUUUUCACUUAUGUAACAAAAACUUAUGGGUAACAUACUUCUGACCGAUGAUCAUUCACUCAGUAUGGAAGUAAUUGUUCUUCUUUCAAACAGCAGUUUGAUCCUGUAUUAUUUAUUGUUCACUUUAAAUGAGAUGGGAUAUACGUAUUUUCUUCUUUAAUACAAACAAAUUUUCAGCAUAGUUGCUUAUGCACAUUGUCUUUAAUUAUUAAGUGGUCUGCAGCCUGUGUACAAUGUAGCAGCCAUAUAAACACAUUUAAUAAAAUAUUACUAUUGUAAUUAUUGUAAGCAAGAAUUCCCUAAUGUAGCUAUAUAAUUUUCAUUUCAAAACAAAUUGAUUUAUUUUAUUAUUACAAAUUUGUUUGCACCUAGCACUAUCCAUUGAUGAUUGGAUAUUUGAUUGUGGACUUGGUUUGGUCUGUUUAAGAGUACAGAAAUGUAUCCACUAUACAUUAAGCGCUUCCCUUUAAAAUUGCGCUCGCUGUUUGUGAAGAACGUUUUCAUCUGAAGCAAGCUAUUUUUGGUCAAUUUCAGCAGCAAUCAAAAUGAACUUGUACAUACCUUAGUUAAACCUGGGUUAAAUAUUGGAUGUCACUUUCACCCUAUUAACAGAUCCCUUAUGAUAAAGUAGUUGUUGAUAUGUGUAUUUUAUGACUCAUACGGGAUCAGGAGGAUGUACAGAAUCAUACAGGGGGGACGUUUAAUAUGAUUCUUAACACACUAUUAAAGACAAAAGCAA